GUCCAGAUUGUCAUUGAUCACCCCCGCAGAGGAAGCUUAUUCGCAUAUCGUCCGUCACAGCCACAUACAAACACGAUAAUGAAGUUGACGUUCCCAUCGCCGCUCCAGUUCUUCAGACGCCUACGCGGCAAAAGUUCCGCCGAAGAAGGCACGAAGAAACUCAGCCCCGUGCCACUCGCAGGCGCCAGUCGAGCCUUCAGCGGCAGCUUCACUCUCUGCAACUCGCAUGCCCCUGGCACCGACGCGUCCGACAAUGACGGAUGCAAGACGUGCUCGUCCUGUCAGCGCAAGUACGUGCCGUACUCGAGCACGUUCAACGACUUCUGCUCCCUUGACUGCAAGUCCACUGGCUACGCUCAGAUCACCAAGGCUGUGUAUUAAGCGACGAUUCGCGUCGUCGCACCCUAAUUUAUGCUCAUUUAUCGCUCAACCGCUUUCAUUCUGCAGCUCCACAACCUGGCGCCAGUCGUCGUGCAUUGGGAAGUAAGCG